AUGGAGAGGGCCUCUUUCAGGAGUGCCUUGGUUUGGGCCCUCUUGGCCUUGGUGCUGGGGGGCAGCAUGGAUUUGGGAAGUCCUCCCGCUGCGGGGUUCUACCCCCGUUUCAACCCUUUCUUCUUCCUGUGUACCCACCACGGUGAGCUGGAGGGGGCUGGCGUGGCUGAGGGUGGGGGAGAGGUGCUACUCACCCUGCAGAUCGCCGGAAACCCCACGGCAUACACCCCGGGACAAGAGUACCAAGUGACUAUUACCACCAGCACCUACUUUGAUGGCUUACUGGUCACUGGUCUCUACACCUCCACGACCGUCCAGUCUGCUCCAAUCCCUGCACCCGCCGCUUUCGGGUUUGGUGUGAUGUCAGAGCGCCAGUUUGGGACGCAGUUUGUGUGCAGCGUGGUGGCAUCUCACGUCAGUCACUUGCCCUCCACCAGUCUCAGUUUUGUCUGGAUUGCGCCCCCGCCUGGGACCGGCUGCGUUAACUUCCUGGCCACUGCGACUCAUCGAGGACAGAUCAUCUUCAAGGACGCUUUGGCCCAGCAGCUGUGUGAACAAGGAGCUCCAACAGAAUCUCCACUGCGGCCAAGUCUCGCCGAUAUUCACGGAAACCACGCUGUGCUCAGAGAUGAUUUUGACUCAAACCUGCAGGGAGAGUUGGACCCUGAACUCUGGACUGACUGCAGUAACUGCGAGGUGGGAGAGCAGUGCGGAGUUCUAAUGCACGGCAGAGCGGUCACUUUCUGCGAGCCCUUUGGACAAAGACAACUGACCACUGUCCCUCUCAAUACCAGCACAGCCUCCGUCCUCCAGUUUGCCCUCGGCUCUGGAUUCUGUCGGUUCAGUUAUUCAGACCCCAGCAUAGUGGUGUCAUACAGUCUGAACAGCUCAGACAACUGGAUCACCCUGGAAAAAAUCAGAGCUCCCACUAACAGCACUACAGUGGUUCACUUACUACCCGUGCCACCUGCUCUCAGAGGGGAUGAGGUUCGGCUGCGGUGGUCUCAGGAAGCCUCCAUGGGGCCCGAUGGUUAUGAAUCAUGCUGGGGCCUUGACAACGUACUGCUGAUCAAUGCCGCCCAUAAACCCACCCUGCUGGAGGACAACCUGGACCCGGCAGACACUUCGAACUGGCUCUUCUUCCCCGGGGCCACUGUCAAGCAUGCCUGUCAGUCAGAGGGGAACGCCUUAUACUUCCAUGGAGGUGAAGGGGUGGGUCAUAGCUUUGCUUCCACCCGCGAUGUUGACCUGCACCGUGAGGAGGGGCGGAGCUAUUGGGAGGAGGACUUUGAGAGCAUGCCCAGUGGCUGGGACAUUGAAGGGGCUGUGUACGGGACACAGUGUGGUGAGGUGGAGUCAGGUUUGUCUCUGGUCUUCCUCAAAGAUGGCCAGAGGAAAGUCUGCACUCCUUAUCUGGACACAACCUCUUAUGGGAACCUGCGCUUUCAUUUCACCAUGGGUAUGAGAUGUGAUCCUGGAGAAUCCCAUGAAAAUGAUGUGAUUCUGUUUGGGAGAGCUGAGGGAAGGAGAGAUCAUGUCCUUUUGGAUACACUACCUUUCUCCGCUUACAGGACUCCCUCUGUCGUGUCAGUGGCCUUACCCACGGAGCUGCAGACUCCGGUCACUCAGUUCUGUCUUGAGCAGCGUGCACAUGGAGGUGCCAACCGUCAUGUCUGGGCAAUGGAUUUCCUUCAGUUGCUGCCCGUGCUGCCUGGUGCUCACACACAUGUGGCCCAGUUCUCCAUCAACCUGGGCUGCGGCUCGUACCAGCCUGCCAACAGCGUAAACCUGGAGUUCUCCACCAACAACGGCCGCUCAUGGUCCCUCCUCCAUACAGAGUGUCUGCCUGAUCUGUGUGCCGGGCCACACCUCCCUCAUAGCACUGUGUACUCCUCAGAGAACUACAGCGGUUGGACGAGGAUCUCCAUCCCCCUACCUAACGCUGCCCUGACAGAGAGCACUCAGUUCCGUUGGAGACAGACAGGCACUGGAGCCACCAACAUGUGGGCCAUUGACAAUGUGUACAUUGGGCCGUCGUGUCUGCGUUUCUGCUCGGGUAGAGGGCACUGCUCCCGCACAGGCUGCAAGUGUGACCCAGGUUUCAGUGGUCCAGCAUGUGAGCUGGCCUCUCAGACGUUUCCGGCGUUCCUGUCAGAGGGCUUCUCCAGCCCACGCCUCUCAUCUUAUCACAGUUUCUCGUCGCUGCGUGGGGCGGAGGUCAGCUUCGGCUGUGGGGUCUUAGCAAGCGGGAAAGCUCUGGUCUUCAACAGAGACAGUAGGAGACAUCUCAUAACUGCCCCUCUGGACAGCUCUCAAGCAAGAUAUCUCCAGUUCACCCUGAGACUGGGAAGUCGCAGCACUCUGAGCUCCUGUCCAGCUCCAGAUCAGCCAGGAGAAGGUGUUCUGCUGCACUACUCCUCAGACAAUGGUAUCACCUGGACCCUGCUUCAGCACUAUGCUUACCAAGGUUUCCAUGAGCCCAGGAUUGUAUCUGUUGAGCUGCCCCCUGGGGCACGUAAAUUUGGGGUUCAGUUCCGCUGGUGGCAGCCUUAUCACUCUGGGCGUGGACAAGACGUAUGGGCCUUGGAUGAGAUCACCAUGACAUCUGUGCUCUUCAAUACCAUCAGCCUGGACUUCAGCAACGUGUUAGACGUUACACAGAGCCUGGGUUUCUACCUGGGCCAUGUUCAGCCUUACUGCGAGCAUGACUGGACACUCAGCUUCUCUGGAGAGCCAAGCCCAGGCUCCAGUAUCCGUUAUGUGGAGACCCAGUCCAUGCAGAUCGGGGCCUCCUACACACUGCAGUUCUCCUUGGUGAUGGGCUGUGGUCGAGAACCCUCCCCCCACAUUGAUACCCAGGUCCGCCUGGAGUUUUCUACUAAUCACGGGCUGACCUGGCACCUGGUCAAAGAAGCCUGUCUUCCAGGGAUGCCCAGCUGCUCAGAGUUUACUGCUCCCAGUGUGUACCAUCCCUCUGAGUUCACUGACUGGAGGAGGAUAACGCUCUCACUUCCACAGAAGACAUGGUCCAGUGCAACACGUUUCCGGUGGAUCCAAAACUACUACAGUGAGCAGGACGAAUGGGCUCUGGACGACAUCUACAUCGGCCAGCAGUGUCCUAACAUGUGCCAUGGCCACGGCUGGUGUGACCAUGGGCACUGCAGGUGUGAUCCAGGCUAUUCAGGCACAGACUGCCGGCCUUCCUCUCCUCUCUCCUCAAGCGUUCUCUCUGACUUUGAGUCUCAGGAUGCCCUGAGGGCUACGUGGCAGGAGGUGAUUGGUGGAGAGGUAGUGACCCCUGACCAGGGCUGUGGCGUUGUAUCAUCUGGAUCCUCUUUAUACUUCAGCAAGGCUGGACUGAGGCAACUUGUGAGCUGGGACCUGGAUACUGAGUGGGCGGAGUUUGUCCAGUUCUAUCUACGUGUGGGCGGAGACUGGGCAGAGUGUAACCAAGCUGACAGCAGGGAGGAAGGAGUCCUUUUGCAAUACAGCAACGAUGGCGGGAUAACCUGGGGCCUCAUUGCUGAGAUGUACUUCACUGACUUCACCAAACCCAGGUUUGUUCAUUAUGAGCUGCCCCUGGCCUCCAAGACACCCUGCACCCGAUUCCGCUGGUGGCAACCCCUCCAUUCUGGAGAGGGAUAUGAUCAGUGGGCCAUCGACGAUGUCAUCAUCUUGUCUGAAAGGGAAAAGCACAUCAUCCCCAUGGCUAGCCCCACCCUUCCACAGAAUUUCUAUGAGAAGCCAGCGUUUGACUAUCCUCUGAACCAGAUGAGUGUGUGGCUGAUGCUGGGAAACGAAGGCUUGGAGAAGGAGAGGAACGGCAGCUUCUGUGCCCCAACACCCUCGGCCAUGGUGUUUGGUCGAUCGGACGGGGACAGGGUUGCUGUGACGAGAGACUUGGCCCUCCGUCCUGGAUAUACUCUACAAUUUAAGCUUAACAUUGGCUGUGAGUCUCAGUUCAGUGCCUCAGCCCCCGUGCUGCUACAGUACUCCCAUGAUGCAGGGCGCACCUGGGCUCUGGUACGGGAGGGCUGUUACCCAGGCUCCCCAGGGGCAGGAGGCUGUGAGGGCAGUGGUCGUGAGCUGAGAGAGCCCACUGUGUACAACACCGGAGACUAUGAGCGCUGGACCAGGGUUACCGUGGUGAUCCCUCGGAAUGUUGCUGCCAGUAAAACACGGUUCCGCUGGUUCCAGGAGAGCAGUGUGUAUCGGGAUGCCCCAGCCUUUGCUCUGGAUGGCGUGUACAUCUCUGAGCCCUGUCCCAACCACUGCGGAGGCCAUGGAGACUGCAUCUCAGGAGUCUGCUUCUGUGACAUGGGAUACACAGUGGAGCAGGACAGCUGUGUGCCAUCUGUGCCCAGCCCUACGGAGCUGGCUGAGAGUUUUGAGGGCAAGCUGAGUCCACUGUGGCAGAGUUUGAGUGGGGGGCAGAUUGGAGAUGGCUGUGGCACCAUUAGCGAGGGAAAGGCUCUCUAUUUCAGCAGUUCAGGCAGAAGAGAGGCCAGAACCGUGCCUUUGGACACCACCAACACUCGCCUUGUUCAGUUUUACAUUCGAAUUGGGGGGAAGAACAUGGGCCCCACCUGUACCCGGCCACGAACCCGCAACGAAGGCGUAAUCGUUCAGUUUUCUACCAAUAACGGUGUCCAGUGGCAUUUCAUGAGGGAGCUGGACUUUGGCUCCUUUUUGGAGCCUCAGGUGGUGACCAUUGAGCUCCCUUCUCCGGCCAAGACCCCCUACACUGCCUUCCGAUGGUGGCAGCCACAGCAAGGUAAACACACAGCGCAGUGGGCUCUGGACGAUGUUCUGAUUGGAAUGAACGAUAGCUCCAGGACUGGUUUCCAUGACAAGUUUGACGGAACAUCGCCUUUGAGACACAACUGGUACCGUGUACAAGGCGGGGAGGUCACUGUGGACUGCCUUUCUCUGGAUACAGCCCUAUCUUUCAACUCGGAGACCAAUGACAGUGAGCCACGUUACGCAGAGAGCUGGGAUUUUGAGGUGUCAGGCUCAUCUUUCCUGCAGUUUGACCUGAGCAUGGGCUGCAGUAAGGCCGUGACCCCAGCCCACGGAGUCCGCCUUGAGUUUUCCACCGACUGUGGCCGACACUGGACCCUCCUCACGCCCGAGUGCGUACCCCCUGCCAUCGGCUGUGCCGGGUACACCCAGAGCUCAGUGUACAGUACUCCGCAGUACUCUCGCUGGAGAAGGGUCACCGUCUACCUGCCCAGUGCUGCCAACUCUCCCAGGACCCGGUUCCGUUGGAUCCAACCUCACUUUAUUCCUGGCGCCGAUGGCUGGGCUCUAGACAAUGUGCUUCUGUCUCCGGGCUGCCCCUGGAUGUGUUCUGGUCACGGCCUCUGUGACAACGGCCGCUGUGUCUGUGACAGGGGUUACGGUGGUGCCCACUGUGUGCCCCUGGCCCCUCUGCCUUCAGUACUUCGAGAUGAUUUCAACGAAAACCUGCGACUGGAGACUUGGCCCGAGGUCUACGGGGCUGAGAGGGGCACGUUGAGUGGAGAGCCCCUUAAAUCUGGCACUGCCCUCAUAUUCAAAGGGGAGGGUCUUCGCAUGCUGGUGUCUCGGGAUCUUGAUUGCACCAGUACCAUGUAUAUUCAGUUCUCAUUCAAAUUCAUCACCAAAGGUGUGCCUGAGAGAUCUCACUCAGUGUUGCUGCAGUAUUCAGUGAAUGGGGGGAUCAGCUGGCUGCUUUUGGACGAGUUUUACUUCCCUACCUCCACUGAUACACUGUUCCUGCACCUGCCGCUUCCUCCCAGUGCCCAGACAAAUGCCACGCGAUUUAGACUGUGGCAGCCGUACAACAAUGGGAAAAAAGAGGAAGUGUGGGUGAUCGAUGACCUCAUCAUUGAUGGCAGUUCACUGAAUAAUCCUCCCGUCCUAUCAGAGAGCUUUGAGGGUGGACCUCAGGAAUACAACUGGCUUUUCUACCCAGGAGGCAACACUGGCUUAUACUGCCCCUACCAGAAGGGUGGCCUGGAGGAUGACUCAGCAAUGGUGUUUGUGUCCAGUGAACUUGGAGAGCACUCUAUCACUACAAGAGACAUUGACGUCAGUGAGAACACCAUUAUCCAAUUUGAGAUCAAUGUGGGCUGCAAUGCAGAGAGCUCCUCUGCAAACCCAGUGCGGCUGGAGUUCUCACGGGAUUUUGGAGCCACUUGGCACCUCCUGGUGCCUCUGUGUGCUGGAGGCCCUCAGCCUAGCUCCCUCUGCUCCACCGAGCUCCACCCUGCCAGUAUCUACUACCCUGGCACCACCCACGGGUGGAGGAGGGAGGUUAUCCACUUUGGCAAGCUACGCCUGUGUGGGUCAGUGAGGUUCCGUUGGUACCAAGGCUUCUAUUCAGGUGGCAUGGCCCCGCCCACGUGGGCCUUGGACAAUGUCUACAUUGGACCUCAGUGUCAGGACAUGUGUAAUGGCCAUGGGGCUUGUGUGAGGGGCACACACUGUGAAUGUGACCCAAGCUACUCUGGCCCUGACUGCUCUGUUCCAGACACACCCAACCCAGACUUCUUGAAGGAGGACUUCGAAGGGGCUUUAAACACUGAGCGCUUUAAGUUGCUGAGUGGUGGAAAACCUUCCAGAAAAUGUGGUAUCAUGACCAGUGGGAACCACCUGUUCUUCAGUGAAGAUGGAUUACGCAUGCUGGAGACCACAGACAUGGAUCUGUCUAAUGCUAGAUUUGUUCAGUUCUUCCUGCGCUUGGGCUGUGGGAAAGUAGCCCCAGACCCCCGCUCUCAGCCCGUGCUCCUGCAGUUCUCCACAGAUGGGGGGCUGUCCUGGGGCCUCCUCCAGGAGUUCCUCUACAGCAACAGUAGUAACCAGGCUCACCUGGUGGCCCUAGAGAUCCCGCUGCGUGCACGUACCCCCGCCACCCGUCUGCGCUGGUGGCAGCCCUCUGAGAACGGUCACUUCCACAGUCCGUGGGUCAUCGAUAAGGUGGUGGUUGGUGGCAGUGCCAGUGGUUGGGGACCUCUGGAAGAUGACUUCUCCUCCACAGACGGACGUUCUUGGCUGCUGCACCCAGGGGGUACGCGUAUGCCUGUGUGUGGCUCAGACGGCGAAGCUUUCGCUUUCAUCGAAAAAUCCAACACACGCUACGGCGUCACCACAGACAUAAGCGUGGGCCAAGACGCCUUCAUCCAGUUUGACUUCUCUGCCUCCUGCUCUGUCACCAACUCCUGCUAUGCAAUUGAGCUGGAGUACUCUCUCGACCUGGGUUUGACAUGGCAGCCAUUGGUGAGAGACUGUCUGCCCACCAGUCCAGACUGCACAUCCUACACACUCCAAAGACUCCUUGUCUCAGACACAUUCAACAAGUGGGGACGAGUCACCUUACCAAUCCCACCUUACGCCAGGUCUCCAGCCACUCGGUUUCGCUGGUUGCAGCAGGCUCCGUUUGACAAGCAGCAGACCUGGGCUCUGGAUAACCUCUACAUUGGAGACGGCUGUCCUGACAUGUGCUCGGGACAUGGGCGCUGCAGGAAGAACUCUUGUGUGUGUGACCCAGAAUGGGGUGGGGAGUACUGUGACAAGCCUCUGGUGACCUUGCCCACUCAGCUGAAGGACAGUUUCAGUCGCAGCCCCUCUCUCAGCCACUGGCACCUGCUGACCGGGGGCAAACUGAGCAGCAUGUGUGGGGCUGUGGCCUCAGGAGCUGCUCUGCACUUCAGUGGGAGCUGCACCCGCCAGUUGGUGACUGUGGACCUGAACCUGACUAACGCUGAGUUCAUUCAGUUCUACUUCAUGUACGGCUGCAUGGUUCCCCCCAGCAACCGUAACCAGGGAGUGCUACUGGAGUUCAGCCUUAAUGGAGGCAUCAGCUGGAACCUGCUGACUGAGAUUUUCUAUGACCAGUACAGUAAGCCUGGAUUUGUGAAUGUGCUCCUACCCCCUGCAGCGCGGGAGGAGGGGGUACGCAUUCGCUGGUGGCAGCCCCAGCAUGAGGGGGCGGAUCACGGAGACUGGGCACUGGAUAAUGUGCUCAUAUCAGGCUCAGACCCGAGAGCCCAGAUUUCAGACACGUUCGGUGGGGUGGCCUUACCCAAUCACGAGAGAGCCCCAGCAGAUGGGACCCCCUCUGGCCGUAUGAGCCUCCUCAGCCAGGAGGAACAGGAUGAGGAGGAGACCACAACAGUGAGUGAUCACUGGUUGUUUUCGGAAGACUGUUCGGUGCAGCGUUUCUGCAGUUCCCCCGAUGGGGUAAUGGCGUGUGGAAAUGUGGAUGGGCGAGAAGUGUACGCAGUCACACAUGACAUCAUCCCAGGCAAAGGCUGGGUGAUGCAGUUCAAGAUAGCGGUUGGCUGCAGUGAGCCAGACAGACAUGCAGAUAGACAGGUCCAUGUCCAAUACUCAGUAGAUUUCGGGGUAUCCUGGAAGUAUCUGGUGCCUCAGUGCCUACCUGCAGACCCCCGCUGUGGCGGGCAGGUAUCACAGCCCUCUGUCUUCUUCCCUGCUGAGGGCUGGAAGAGAGCCGUGUAUCCUCUGCCCGACAGCCUGGCUGACACUGCGGUGCGGUUCCGUUUCUACCAGCAGCACUCAGACACUCAGUGGGCCAUAGAGAAUUUUUACAUUGGGCCUGCAUGUGAAAAACACUGCGGUGGUCAUGGAGACUGUCUGGACCAGCGUUGUCUGUGUGAUCCCGGCUUCACUGGACCCAACUGUUACGCUAGCACCGCUCUCAAGGCCUCUCUGAAGGAACGUUUUGACUGGGAGGGAGCCCAUGGACCGCAGUGGCAGGUGCUUGAGGGGGGUCGACCCUGCACUGACUGUGGGGUGCUGGUGGAGGGUACGGCCCUCUAUUUUGGUGGUGCUGAUGCGAGACAGGCUGUCACAGCUGACCUGGAUCUCCGAGGAGCAAAGUUUGUGGAGUACUGGGCCAGGAUAGGUAGUGAAGAUAACAUGACCAUGUGCCACCGACCCACCUGUAGGAAAGAGGGCGUGUUACUGGAUUACUCCACUGAUGGAGGUGUAUCGUGGACUUUGCUUCAUGAGAUGGACUAUCUUAAGUAUGUGUCUGUAAGGAGAGACUACAUUGUAUUACCAGAGGGUGCACUAACUAAUGUCACGAGGCUCCGCUGGUGGCAGCCAUUCACCAUUUCCUCAGGCUUAGCCACGCCCAGUUCGGAGCGCGCUCAGUGGGCACUGGAUAACAUUCUGGUGGGCGGGUCAGACAUCAACCCCAGCACACUCCUAGACACGUUUGAUGAUGAGGGUAUUUCUCAUGAGGAGAGCUGGAGCUUCUAUCCCAAUGCCGUGCGCACGGCUGGUUUCUGUGGCAACCCCUCUUUCCACCUGUACUGGCCCAACAAAAACCAGGAUGGAACCCACAACAUCCUGGCCACACGCGAGCUCAUCGUCCAACCAGGUUACAUCUUACAGUUCAAGAUUGUCAUUGGCUGUGAAGCAGACACCUGUGAAGACCAUCAUUCAGUACUUCUACAAUACAGGAAAGAUGCAAGGUCUGACUCUUGGCAGUUGGUACAAUCAGCAUGCCUCCCCUCAUCGGUAAACAACGUGGGCUGCUCCCCUUUCCAGUUCCACGAGUCCACCAUCUACAGCCCCGUUAACAGCUCCAUGUGGACACGAGUCACAGUCCAGCUUCCUGACCAUGUCUCCUCUGGUGCUACGCAGUUCCGCUGGAUACAGAAAGAGGGCGCUGGCGAGCGGCACGGCUGGGGCGUGGACCACGUCUAUAUUGGCGAGGCAUGCCCAGGCCUCUGUAGUGGGCACGGCUACUGCACCACCGGGGCUGUCUGCAUCUGUGACGAGGGGCAUCAUGGUGAUGACUGCUCACUGUCCAGUGGUGAUCUGCCCAGUUCCAUAAAAGAUAACUUUGAAUCAGGGACUGUGUCCCAGGAGAGCUGGAGUCUAAUUCAAGGUGGAGGAGUGGGCAGCGGUUGUGGUCAGCUCUCCCCACACGCUCACGGGGACUCACUUUACUUCAAUGGCUGUAAGAUGAGGCAGGCUGUCACCAAGCCUUUGGACCUAACCAGAGCCAGUAAGAUCAUGUUCGUGCUGCAGAUCGGUAGCGUGGCGCAGACAGACAGCUGUAACACAGCACUGGACCAGCCCGACACUGUGGAUCGCGCUGUGUUGCUUCAGUACAGCAUUAAUAACGGUGUCAGCUGGCACGUCAUCGCCCAACACCAGCCCAAAGACUUCAUCAAGGCCCAGAGAGUGUCUUACAAUAUCCCACUGGAGGCUCGGGUGAAGGGCGUGCAGUUGCGAUGGUGGCAGCCACGCCAUGAUGGAGCUGGGCAUGACCAGUGGGCACUGGACCACGUGGAAGUCGUUCUAGUCAGCACUCGCAAACAAAACUACAUGAUGAACUUUGCCAGACAGACCGGGCUACGCCACUACUAUAGCCGGAAGAGGCGGGCACUGCGACAGCGUGCCUAACAGCACCAAGAAAGGAUGACCUGCCAAUCAAAUUUAAACCCGUCAAACUACCAUCCUUUUCCCUGAUGACAUAACGGCGUGUCGAGUCUAAAUCACGCGGAUUCCAGUCAGCCUUAGACCAUCCCGCUUCCCCACCCCCGACCGACAUGGGCCAUCCAAUCUCCUUUCAGCUGCAGCCAAUUAAAAACCUUCCCAGGGAAGAGUGACGGGGAAGGAAAUGAGCAACGAGGCAGCUAUUUUGUUUACUGUCCAUGAACUUUUUUUCGGGUUUGUAAUUAUUUUAUAAUUCUUGGCAUUGUUGUUAGUUUUCCUGCUCCGGUUUGCGAUAGUAUCUAGCUGCCCCCACACACGGCUCCUCCUACCACACUGUGAAGUUCUACCAGAUCACUGAUAAAUAUGACAAUAACCAUGAUGAUGAUGAUGAUGAUGAUGAUGAUGACGAAGAGGCAAUGGAGCACAACAUGACCAGGAAAGAGGAAGGCUCCACCCCGCACCAGUACCCUAAGAGGAAGAUGUUGUGGAAAGUGAAGAUGAUGAUGAUGAUGAUGAUAAAGAAGAAAAGCCUAACAGUGAUACCGAUACUAAAAAGAGUACUGUGUUCUUGCUGUUCUGUGUGUCUGUGGGUUCUUUUUGUGACAAGUUGA